AAAUGUACUUCGGCCACUACCACUCGACUUUCUCUCCUUAAGAUCAUAAACUGACUGACUGCAAAACUCUCCUAUCCUUCUUUUUUCUGCUCUUUUUUUUCUUCUUCUCGCAUAGCGGCAAGCCGCUAUUCUUGUGAUCACGCGAUUUUGCAUAACGGGAUGCCGUUAUUACUACACUCGUGGCAAAAGCAGACCGACAGACCCCCUCCCUGCCUUUGUUCGCGGACGUUACAAGUCUUCUUUGAAAAUUAUUUAUGUAUGCUGCAGUGUUCAAGUUUAUGAUGAUUGAAUGUUUUCUUUUCAUUUAUUUUUCUUUUCAUUUAUGUUUCUCUCAAAAACUUUCAAAAAUUUCAAUACAGCAAUAUAACCAUGGCUGGCAUAACAACUUCACACACGGGAAUGCGUAAAAAACUGGUUGAAAUUAUUGAAAAUAGUCCGGCAACAGCACAUGAAUCAAUCGAAGUUACUAAAGGACUGCGUAAUGUUGUUGGAUGGUUGAAACAGGCAUCCAUAGAGAUACGCGAAGCUGGAAAGCGGGCAGCCACCCAGAUAAAAAAUUCAGAUCCGAACUUCCUAUCGCAUGAGUUCGAUUUGAAUGAACAAGCAACUUUAGUCUCAUUCGAGGAUCAAUCAGAAUUGAAAUCACAUGAAAAUCCCGGACGACGACAUCACUCACACUCACGAAGUCACCCACAGAGUCCCCGAGCCAGAAGCCGUGAUAUAGAUAAUUUCGUAGCUGACUAUCAUCGCUCUGUGUCAGUUAUAUCACAAUUAGAAAAAUCGAGAAUUCUAAUGAAAAUGGAAUCAUAUAAUAAGCCCUUGACAAUAUUACAUUAUAAUGAUGUUUAUAAUGUCGACACUACCACUGAAGUGGAACCUAUUGGAGGGGCAGCAAGGUUUUGUACAGCUAUGAAAACAUUUAAAGAUGAAAAUCCUUUGGUUUUGUUUAGCGGCGACAUAUUUUCACCUAGCAUGUUAAGUACGUUUACACAGGGUGAACAAAUGAUUCCCGUAUUGAACGCUUUGGGUACACAUUGCGCAGUAUUUGGCAACCAUGAUUUUGACCACGGGUUGGAUGUGCUUGUUGACUUAAUAAAACAGACCAAUUUUCCCUGGUUAAUGUCAAAUGUUGUGGAUAACGAAACAGGCCGACCGCUUGGUGGUGGUAAAAUCUCGCAUUUCAUUUUUCAUAAUCACAUAUCGAUUGGUUUAAUUGGCUUGGUGGAAAAAGAAUGGCUGGAAACAUUGCCUACGAUCGAUCCGAAAGAAGUUACAUUUAUAGACUACGUGGACGCUGGUAUUAAAUUAGCUGCCGAAUUGCGUAAUGAAGGAUGUGAACUUAUAAUAGCUCUCACUCAUAUGCGAACUCCCAAUGACAUCAAUUUAGCUGAAAAUUGCCCAAAUAUUGACUUGAUUUUGGGCGGUCACGAUCACGUAUAUGAAACCAAAGAAGUUAAUGGCGUCAAAAUCAUUAAAUCAGGCACAGAUUUUAAGCAAUUUUCAAAAAUAACACUGCUUCCUAAAAGAAACGACAAAGGAAAAAUCACAGUAGAUGUGGAAGCCGUAGAUGUCACAUCCGAAUUUCCGGAAGAUACCGAACUCAAGGAUGAAUUGGCUAAAUACUCCGAUCUUAUAGAAGUCAAAAUGACUGAAAUAUUGGGUACUUUCACUGUAGAACUAGACGGGCGCUUUGCGGCUGUACGUACGCAGGAAACCAAUUUGGGUGAUUGGGUGUGUGACGUCGUAUUAGCUGCCACCGGAGCUGAUAUCGUUAUUAUAAAUUCGGGCACCUUUCGUUCCGAUCAAAUACAUCCAGCUGGACCUUUUACUAUGCGAGAUUUAGUGAACAUAAUACCCAUGCGCGAUCCUUUAGUGUUGAUUGAAAUAACGGGCCGCUGUCUGCAUGAAUCUUUGGAAAAUGCUGUAUCUGGUUACCCCAAAUUAGAGGGACGCUUUCCUCAAGUAUCUGGAGUAACUUUUGCAUUUGAUCCAAGCAAACCUACAGGUCACAGGGUUGACCCUCAGUUAAUACAAAUAGGUGACGAGUACCUGAACAUGGAACAAACAUACAAAGCUUGUAUUAAGAGCUAUCUCUAUAAUGGCUGUGAUGGUUUUACCAUGUUUAAGGAAGCGAAAGUGUUGAUGGAUGACGAUUCAUGUCCGGAAUUGGGUUUAACAGUACAGAAUCAUUUCAAAGCGAUUAAUAUGCGCACCGGGAAAAGUGGUCACCACACUAAACAUCGACAGUCGUUAGUAGCAUUAUCCCGACGGCAUAGCAUGGUACAAAUGUUAGAUAAUCUUGAUUUGGAUGGCCCAUCGCCAAUACGUAAGCUAUCCGUAGGCCAUCAGCAGGUUAAAUCUACAGACUUAGCAAGUACAUCUAACAAUAGAACGUUAAGGCGAGCUUCCCUGGACGAUUUAGAACAAGCCAGCUGUCAAUUAGCUCCCAAAGUACAACAUCGUAUUAUACGUAUAUUAAAUCAAGACCAUUACAAUCAACUGUUGAUGAAGAAAGAGACUUCAAUUAAAAAUGAAAUAAUUACAGAGGUUGAAGAUGAGUAAAAACCAAGUGAAGUAGCCUAAAAUAUUGGUUUACAUUGAAUAAUGAUUAAUACUUUUUAUAUAUACGUUUGUUGAUAUUUUGACAUUCUACAUUCUCUCUAAUCAUUUGAACAGUUCUUAAAUCAGUUAAUUUUAUUUUUAUGAUUUGCAAAAAAAAAUCGAAGUAUGUAAGGACUUUUUUUACUUUUAGAUGCAAAAUGAAAUUUUAUUUGGUCAGGAAAUAUUCUUAAGAGCAGAGACAUUCUAAGAGAAACAAAAAGGAAAACUUUACGUCCAAACAUAACAUACAUAACAUGACAUAAUAUGUUUAGGAAAGAACGUCUAAGAAAAUAUUUUAAGUUAAGUUUAGUAAAACAAGGCUACUAAUAAAUAUGUUUUUGGAAAAAUAGGUGCGCGGUUCAGGAGAAAAAAGCACAAUUAGCAAUAUGUACAUAUGAUUGCCUGCUAAAACAUUACUAAAAAACAGACGCAUCUAAAUAUAUAGAUCGUAGAUACACAUAUAUGUGCAACGUUUAGAGCAAAAAAGAAAAAACCCUCUAUCUCAACAAUUUUAGAUAAACUCAUAUUUCAUCUAACCUUCCACGUUUAGCUUAAUUUUAUUCGAGUUUUAAGAUUUUGAACAUAAGCAGAUAUAUUAAAAAUGUUAUAUAUAGAUAAGCACAUAUAGAAAUAAGAAACAUCAGUUUUCAUGUUUUUAAGUUCAUACGAUUUGUAAACUGCUGUUUUCUACAAAGUAAUGGCUCGGCAUAUUGUGUACAAUUUGUAGAAGAUUUCUAAAACUACGAUAUGGUAUAAACUAUAUGUGAUAUAAAAAAUGGAAAACAAAUGUUCUUUUUAUAAAAAGUCCCCGAACGGUAUAAUUGCUUGAAAGCACAACAUAUCUCUACAGAAUUAAUAAGAAAAUAGAAUGAAGACUAUUUCAAACAAACCUAUUCAGUCACAAAUAGGAAUGUUCAAUGGGUGGUAUGUAAAAACACCUGUAUGAAUGUUUAUAAAUCAAUGGAUGAUAUACAGAUUAGAAAUAAAAACAGCUGUAGAAUCAUUGGGUGGUAUACAGAUUAGAAAUAAAAACCUGUAUGAAUGUUUACAAAUGAAUGGGUGGUAUAUACAUUAGAAAUAGAAACAGCUGUAGAAUCAAUAGGUGGUGUACAGAUUAGAACAAAUACUAAAUUUAACAGACCGGGAGUACCCGUAUGUUUGUCUUCUUCUUCUGUUAUUCAGCAAAUUAACCGAAAAUUGGCUAGCAUUUGUAAAAAAGGCCCAUUAUGUACACAGAAUUCUUUGUUUAGGCAGUAGUAAAGUUGGGGCGACGUAAUUAUUUAUUAAUUUUAGCGUUUAUUUGAUUAAAAAUUUUGUUAGUUUUGCAUGUUAUACGUCCGCAAUGUUAUUGUUAUUUAUUAAAAUACGCAUAUUAGUCGCUUGUCACGUAGGAUAGAAUAAAAGAGCGAGGAGUAAAUUCCGAUGUGUAAGAUGUAAUGUGGUAUAUGAAUAUAAAAAAUUAUAUAAACGAAUUGAUGGGUGUGAGAGUAAGAAAGUGUAAAAGAGAAUAGUUUCAUAAAUUGACAUUAAAAGCUUAUAUGUUUUAUUGAAUGGUUGAAAAAGAGAAAAUACUGCGGCGCAAGGUGUCAAACUGCGAGAAUGCUAAAUCUCAAGGAUGGUGUGGUCACGAAUGUCAUAUAUACUCAAAUUGCGAAGUGGCGAACAGAAGUGGUAACAUUUUAAUCAGCCAAGAAGGAUCGGAGCACCAAGAAAUACCACAAAUGGAUUUCAAUACAUUAAAACAUUGGCGGUUUUGUCAAUGUAAGCUCUUGGGGAAAGUUUCGAGUGUAAAACAAAGCCUAAAAAGUCAAAUGUUUUAACAAAUUGAACAGAAGAAGCAUAGAUGAGCAAAGGAGUGACCAUGGAAUCUCUUCUGAUUUUUUGAAAAGACUAAGCAUUUAAUCUUAUUGAGUGAAAGUGUAACCUAAAAUAAUUCAAGACGAAAGAAAACAAUGUUGAGGGCAGAUUGUAAAUUGCGCCUACACAAAUCAGAGUUGGAUCAGAGUUUGAACUAAAAAUUGAUAAGAUUGUCAGUAUAGAGCAGGAUUGAGAUGUUUUAAGAUGUUCUAAAAAAGAUGUUCUUUGUACAAAAAUAUCAUCAUUGUUAAUUAACAUAUUCUUAUAGAGAAAGAGGUUAUACAACAAAUUACAGAAUUUGGUGGAGAUUUUUAAAGAGGAAAGGAUAGGUUUUAAGAUGUUGAUAUUGACAGAAUCAAACACUGAGGUCAUGUUCAGAAAGCAGGCGAUGAGAAUGUGGUUCUUAGCAAACGCCGAACUUAUUGCUGACCGCAAAAUGACGUCUUAGGCGGAUCUGUAAUGUGCGAAACCAAAUUGAAGAUUGUUGAAGAUAUGUUGGACUCAAGAUACCAUUCAAGACGUGAGUAUAACACUUUCUCAAAAAAUUUUUUAAGGAUGAAAACUAAAGCAAUAUCUCUGUAGGAAGUAAGAUUAACUGGCGAGUUAUUCUUUUUUCUUACAGUGAAGAUUUGAAAAUUCUUUUAGAUUAAUCUACUUUCAGUAUUUAAGAUUCUAAGGUGAUUGUUACGAAUACCAUCUAAGCCCGGAGCCGGGUCUUUUGAGAGAUUAAUAACUUCAUCGAGCUCGGAGAGAGAUAUGUCGUUUAAGAAAAAAUUGUCAGGUUCCUCAUCGAGCGAAACGGAGGACAAGAAGGCCUAGCAAGUUUGUCAUAGAACUAGUUUAAGAGUUGUGAGCGAAUGGAACAACGGGAGGAAGUGAUACCUCCAAAAAUUCUGAGAGUACGCCAAAGGUCUAAGGUUGACAUGUCACUAUUGACAUUUUCACGAAAUUUUUUCCAAUCUUUACGCUUUUCUAGUCUGAAAAUAUAAGUAUAUAUUUUUUUUCUAAUACCGGCCAAAAAUUUGAAAUAGAUACUACAAGGAGAUCUUUUGCAUUUGUUUAGAGCGAGUCUAACUUUGACGAAGAAUCGAUUGCAUGCGGUGUUCCACCAACGAUUAGGAGAGUAGGAUUUUUUAGACAACUUUCGGUUCAGAGCAUCAGUGAAAGACUUUAUAAAAAUCUAUCAAAGAAAGAACUCGAAAAGUCAUUUGUAAAUGACGUUGGUCGGUUGUUUGUGUAAGGUUGUUUCAUUUAUUGAAUAAUUAAAAUAAAUUAGGAAAGAAUAAAUGGUGAAAAGCCACCAAUUCUGCUAAAUGAAUAAAUGGUGGAAAAGCACUGUACCAAUUCUGUUAAAUGAUAA